GCUUCAGCUAGUUGGCCUUCAAAUAUACCUCCUAUUCUAUUGAUAAUAUUAUCAUUUUUCAUAAAUGAAAAUUCCCCAAAAAUUGAUCAUCAAAUCUAUUGAUCAUUAUCAUUAGCAUUUCUGCAAAUUUCAUUUUUCUAUCGUGCCAUAUUCAUAAUUUCUAUCGCAUCAUACUAUUUCAUUACAUUACAUUACAUACAUCUGAAAUGAUGGCUGAUUUUUUGUGCAAAUUUUCAGUGGCUCUAUUUGUCACCUCGUUCGUUAUGAUCAAUGCUGAAAUUUCGGAUUCCGGUGCACAGCAAAAUAAACCAGAAUUUAAAGUAUUGGAAAAAGAUCUUGAAGAGGUAAAAGAACGAUGGAUGGAAUUAGAAGAUUGGGGUGAUGAUGAUAUGAUGCAACAUCCAAUCGAUGAAGGUCUUCGUCGUACACAUCGUGAAUUGGGUGAAAUCUGUACCUAUUCACGUGAUUGUCGUUCUGGUUGCUGUCAAUUGGAUCGUGAAACAAAACUUCGUUCUUGUCAACCGAAAGCAAAUAUAGGCGAAAAAUGUACUAAUGCACAGGUUAAAGCCGAUACUUAUGUUGAUGCUUGUCCAUGUGUUGCUGGUUAUGAUCAUUGUUCAUUUCCCAAAGAAGUAUGCACAAAAUGAAACCCACCAGAAAAAAAAUUCUAUCAUAAUCAAUUCGGAGAAAAAAUGAUUUAAUCAGAAUUUAAUAAAAUACAAUUUUUAAUAAA